UAUUCAGGAUCUCAUCCUUCACCACAAACAGACUCCCUGCCCACCUCCUUUCUCCAGGAACACAGGAGCGCCGGUUCACACCAACACCACCAUGACAUCCCUCAGUGAAGCAAAUACCCGCUUUGCAUAUGACCUGUUCCAACAGCUGAGAAAAUCAGAGAAGGAAAAUAUCUUCUAUUCUCCACUCAGUGUCUCAGCAGCCAUAGCCAUGACUUACUUAGGGGCCCAAGAAAACACUGCAUCAGAAAUUCAGAAGGUUCUUCACUUUAAUGAAGUCACAGAGGACGCAAAAGGAGGAGCCACAACGGCUCAUGUUAUAAAGUCGGGGAAUGUGCACCAGCAAUUUCAAAAGCUUCUGACUGAACUAAAUAAACCCACUAAUGCCUAUGAGCUACACCUGGCCAACAGGCUCUUCGCAGCAAAGAAGUUCUCGUUUCUUCAGGAAUACAUGGACCAUGUUAACACAUUUUACUUAGCCGGUAUGGAAACUGUUGAUUUUGUAAAUGCUGCAGAUGAAAGCCGAAAGAAGAUUAAUUCCUGGACGGAAAGCCAAACAAAAGAAAAAAUCAAGAACCUCUUUCCUGAAGAUUCUAUUAACAGCGCCACUGUUUUAGUUCUGGUGAAUGCCAUCUAUUUCAAAGGGCAGUGGAAUGAAAAAUUUGAUCCAAAAUUAACUGAGCAGGGUGAAUUUUGGCUGAACAAGGACACAAGCAAGCCUGUGCAGAUGAUGAAGCGAGGCGGUCACUUUAAAUUCUCCAAGCUGGAGGACCUGCCAGCUAAGAUCUUGGAGAUACCAUACAAAGACAAAGACCUGAGCAUGGUGUUGCUGCUGCCCAAUGAAAGAGAUGGUCUUCAGCAGCUGGAAGAUAAACUCACCGCUGAGAAAUUAGUAGAAUGGACGAGCUCACAGAAUAAGAGGACGACACAUGUGGAUUUGCACCUCCCUCGCUUUAAGGUGGAAGAGAGCUACAACCUGGAGGACGUGGUGGGCGCCCUGGGCGUGGUGGACGCCUUCAGUCCGCUGGACGCCGACUUCUCCGGCAUGACAGGAGGCCGGGGGCUCUCGCUGUCCAAAAUCCGGCACAAGUCCUUUGUGGAGGUGACGGAGGAGGGCACAGAGGCCGCAGCUGCUACCGGCAUAGCAAUGAUAAAAUAUUCAUCGCCAGUUUAUGAAACGUUCCACUGCGACCAUCCUUUCCUGUUCUUCAUCAAGCACAACAAAACCAAUAGCAUCCUCUUCUUUGGCAGAGUUGCGUCCCCGUAGACCCGUCUGCACUGCUGCGACCUCGCAGGCAGCCCCCAGGUGCAGGGAACCGGGGCUCUGCGGGUUUCCUCUCCCACCUCCCCCGCAUCACUGAGAAUGGGAUGCUUGAAACAUAAUCUCUCUCUCCCUCUCUCUCUCUCCACCCCCACCCCCGCCACAAAUGGCAUCUAAAUGUAUUUUUCCCCUGUGAUAAUUCCACCUUUGGGACCAGAAGGAUAUUUCAAGGCACUAGCUUCUAAAUUUAAAAUAGCAUGUCUGCUAUCGCAAAAAUUAUAUCUGCUAUUCAAAUGUAUUAACCUUACACCUAUGUUUGUUUGAAUGCAGGGGAUACCUGGGACCCUUGCCUGAUUAAUCUUCUUUUAUUUUAUGAAAUGCAUUACCAAUAAA